GCGAACUUGCCCUCCGCAUCGUUCCAGGCCACGAGGAAGCGCAGCUGGUGCCGCUCGGGCUCGGCGAAGAGGUCCUCGCGGACCGGCACCCAGCCCUCCAAGCUGUCGGGCUGCUCGUCCUCCAUGGCCUGCGGCUCAGCGGCCCGCGGACCUGGCUCGCGCGCUCCUGGCCUCCCCGCACCCCCAGGGGCUGGUGGCGGACCGCGACAUUCUGGCUGGAAGGCGCUCGCGUCAGCGCCUGUCGGGCUCACCCCCGCCCCCCGGCGCCUCUGAUUGGCUGUCGGCCGUGGGCGGGUUCUCAGCAGCCAAUGAGAAGGUCAGAAGUCUGUCUCCGUCCGGGCCCUGGGAAGCAGUCCUUGUCGCAACCCUGUCCCUGAGCCGGGGAACUUCCACUCUUGCCUCACCUUUUCCACCUUUGUACCUACUGACGUAGGAAAAGUGUUCGUUACAUGAACGAGUUAUCGUCUUAUCCUCCUGCCCUAAACUGCGAAACUCCUGAGAACGGGGACCGGCUGAUUCGGUCCUUGCUCACUAGGGCGCCCGUGAAUACCGGAGGGUUCCUGCGCCCGAGGACGGUGCAAACUUGCUGGAGACCAAACGUUAAAUCAAACGUAGGAGUUAAUUGGCUGAGGGCCUCUAAGCGCCAACCACUGGGUAGAAGCCAUGCAUCUGUUGUUACCGAUUCAACAAGCUUUCAUGGAGUGUCUACUGUGUGCAGGUCUGGGGGCUUACACAAAAGAUGUCUCUCUGUCCUCAAAGCAUCCCAGGUCCCAGACCGCAUGUUUACAUACAGUGUGUUCCCACUCUUCUUGUUACAGCCAAGGAGACGGAGACCCCACAAAGAACCUUGUCCUAACAUACACACUCAGGCUAAGAAGACCACAUGGCUCCCCAAGACCUGUUGAAGGAGAUGGGGAAAUCUAAUUUGCACGUGGGGAUGGGAUGUGACUUGGAGGGACUAAGACAGCCCUGGUCUGUGUCCGGGAAAGGCACCGUGCGCACCCGGAAACACAGUGCAGGCCAGCUUCCGUCCUGUGAGUGCACGCAGGGGGGAGGGGGGGUUGUCCAGGGAAGGGAGGUGGGGGGAGGUGCCCCGAAAGCCCGGAGGAGGAGCCCUUCUCCGAGACUGGGCUCCUGAGGGUUAGAUUCAGGAACCGGUGAAAGCUUUUGAAGGUUUGGAGCUGGGGAAGCCGGAAAUGAGAUUUGCGGUUGCUGUUAUGCCCAAAGGAAAACAACAAGAAAGCAGGGCCAGCCUGCUGCAAUGGUUAGGGCAUCAGUCUCCACUGAAGAUGAAUUCCCAGGGUAUCUAGAAACCUCUGUGGAAUGUAGCUUUAAGAUCUAAAGUUGCUUGUCUCAGCUCCCCCCACCCCCUUUAAUGCCAGUGUGGGGCUAUGGGGCCUUGGACUCAGAACUGCUGCUCUUGGCAGUCCUCUUGGAGAGAGAACCUAUACCUGGCAGCAAUGAUAUUUUUCAAACGACAUUUUGAUUGAGAUUUAAAAAGCAAUAGAUGUAAAUUCUGAGAUCAAAUCACCAUAAGCAAACUUUUCAAUGGAACGGUCCAGAACCCAAUUCAUGCUCUCAGGAGGGAAACUGGUGGAGCAGUUUCUCUGGAGAACACUUGGUGGGCUACGGGGACAGUUGGAAGUCCUGUCCUCUAUCCCCAAGCCCAGUGAGGGAUCUUCAAAGGGACCCUUCAGAGAGCUUGCUGUAUCUCCUGCAGAUGGGCCAAUGGUGGCCUGAGGUGAGCGGAUUGGCCGCUUUGAUGGCAGAGCCAGGGGAAGUGGCUGCAUUGGGUCUAACUGCCUCCCAGAGUUCGCAGGGACCAAGAAUGGGUCUGCCUCCUGAGCCAGCAGAAUGACAGAGUCAGCAAGGAAUCGUCAGAUCCUGCCUAAGAGAGCCAACGGCAUGGGUAAGGAGACCUCAUUUGAGUGAUCGUGAAGGUGGUCCACCAGGGCCUAUAAGGGGAAUGCGAGGGACCCCCUGGAAGAGUGGGGUUCUCAGCCUUGUUGUGGGAACUCAAGGGAAAGGUCUCCAUAAUGCGAAACUCCAGAGAUGUACAAAAACUCCCCAGGAGAGAAGGAGGGAGAUGAAGAGGGAAGGAGGGUGCACGAUAGAGAGCUCUGAGCACCUGCCAGCCCAGAGAGCCUGAAGCUAGCACCCACUGUGGCAUCAACUCCAUUAGGAGCUGUCUUAUCACCUUGGCACUCCUGCCCUGGCAUUCCACCAGCAGCUCAAGGAGGUGUGGGGAGAAGAGACCGACCUCCUUCCUCCUUUCCCAGGGCAGACUUCCAGCUAAAGAGGCCCAGGCCGGGUAGGGGAGAAGAUUGUGAUACUGGCUGAGCUAAGUUUGACUUUUGCAUUAAUAUUCGGGACGGUACCUUCAGUUACUGAAUGGAGACUACGCCUUCAAAUGACCCUAGGACUGAAUGUCACCUAAGAGGAAGCAGAGAGUCAUGGGUCUGCUGGUUUGGGUUGUUUUUUCAUCCAGAGAGGGGAAUGAUUCCCACAGUGAGUACAUGUGAAAGGAAUGGUGGAAGAAAAAAAAAUGAAGUUGCAUUUGAUUACCUUCAGAGCUGUGCUUGUUCAAAACAAUUUGAGAAAAGACCACGGGCGCAGGUGGAAGCGGCCCAGCUCGGGGACUCUCAGACACCCUCCCUCCUGCAUGGGCUGCAUGGCCUCCAGCCCUCUGCACACAACUGGCCCUCCGAGCAGCACCGUGGAGCUACAGGCCUCAAAUCCUAGUAAAUGAAGAAACUCCGGGGACAGCAUGUGACCCCUCCUGGUGACACUUGAGCGGCCCCAGGACGCCCACUAGGAGCCGCGGGGGAGGAGCCCUGCAGGUGCAGAGGCGCCAUGGAGGGGGAGGCUGCGGGGGCUUCCCCAGACUUCCACUUCUACCCCAUGGAUCUGUAUGACUCCGAAGACCGGCUUCACCUCUUCCCAGAAGAACCCACGCAGACGGGAAGAGAAGUCCACGCCGAGAUGGCCAGCGAGCCCGGGGGGACGGCCCCAGGUAAGGCCCAGAGAGACCUGGAGGAGGAUGUGGAUGAGCUUGUCCCUUUGUCCGCCCUCGGAGGUGCUGGCGAGUGGGGCACCGAGCUCGCCGACGGAAGCGCACCCCACAUGGAGGUUUUGGACCAUCUGCUGCACGGGGUGCAGAGGGACUGGCGACUGGGGGCCGAGGCCGAGGCUGGGGACCGUGUCUGUGCGGGCCGGGGCGCCGCGGGCUCCAGCCGGGACCUGCGAGAAGCCUACAGGUACGCGCACGGCCGAGCCAGCGAGGAGUUCGAGUGCUACGUCAUCCCCGAGGAGGAGGACGAGGACGAGGACGAGGACGAAGCCGCCCUGGUCUUCUGCGCCACUUGCAGAGCUCCAGUAAGGGCGGUGGAGGUUUCGGACGAACACAGAGAGCAUGAGGUGACCCCGCUCAGCAAGGCACUGGAGAGCGCCAAGGAUGAAAUUCACAAAAACAUGUUCAAAUUGGAAAAGCAGAUUAUCGAGAUGGAGAAUUUUGCAAAUCACUUGGAGGAGGUUUUCAUCACCGUGGAGGAGAACUUCGGAAGACAAGAACAAAACUUUGAGUCACAUUACAACGAGAUCUUGGAAACACUCGCUCAAAAGUAUGAAGAAAAAAUACAAGCUCUAGGGGAGAAAAAGAGAGCGAAGUUGGAAGCCUUGUAUGGACAGCUGGUCAGCUGUGGGGAAAACCUCGACACCUGUAAGGAACUCAUGGAAACCAUAGAGGAGAUGUGCCAUGAGGAGAAGGUUGACUUCAUCAAGGAUGCUGUGGCCAUGGCUGACAGACUUGGAAGAUUCUUGAAUACAGAAACAGACGUGGAGAUUGCUACACAGCCUGACUUUGAAGACCAGACUCUGGACUUCUCUGACGUGGAGCAGCUCAUGGGCUCCAUUAACACCAUCGCUGCUCCUUCUGCUCCGGAGAUAAACCCACAGGCCCCCAACUCUGCCACGGGGUCCUCCGUCCGAGUGUGCUGGAGUCUAUACUCUGAUGAGACCGUGGAGAGCUAUCAGCUGUCCUACCGGCCAGUGCAGGACAGCUCGCCUGGGAAGGACCACGCAGAGUUUACAAUGACUGUCAAAGAAACCUACUGCUCAGUGACAAAUCUUGUGCCAAAUACCCAGUAUGAAUUUUGGGUCAAAGCUCAGAACAGGGCCGGCCCCAGCCCCGCCAGUGAGCAUGCGGUGUACAUGACAGCGCCUUCCCCUCCCAUCAUAAAAAGCAAAGAGAUACGGAGCUGUGAAGAGGCUGCGCUCAUCUGCUGGGAGUCUGGAAACCUGAAUCCCGUGGACUCUUACACGGUGGAGCUGACCCAGGCGGAAACCCCUGAAGCAUCGGGUGUGACCGAGUCGGUUGUGGGCAUCCCAUCCUGCGAGUCCCUGGUGCAGCUGCAGCCCAGGCAGACCUACACGAUCUACGUACGAGCCCUCAACGUGGGGGGUCCCAGUGCAAGGAGCGAGCCCAUGACAGUGCAUACCACAGGCAGCUGCUUUCCCCUGAACCAGCACACCUGCCAUCCCUGGCUGACCCUUUCUGAAGACGGGUUUACGGUCAUGCGACGCGAAGGGAAAACCCCCGCGAAAGAGCCGCUCCCUGGCAACACCCAGUUUACCAGGUACUUUUUAUCAGCCUCUCACUGGAACGGUCUGUGAACCUCCCUAAUACUUGCUGUUGUUCAGGUGAAAGUGGGUGAUGACAGAUGCCGUCUUGAAGAGGGAAA